AUGUAUUAUUGGAUCCUAAGAAAGCCAGCCUGAUGAGAGCAAAGAAGACUGUGAAGAUGCUGCCUUUCUUGUUUUUAUUAUUUCUACAGCGUACGACAGCAGCAAUAUCAGCUUCUUCACCAGAAGUAAUAUCUGAUAAUUGUCCUGAUAAAUGUGGAAAUGUUCAUGUUCCAUACCCAUUUGGGAUCAACUUCACAUCUGGGAUCAGUAAUGACCCCAAUUGUAGCUUUAACAAUUUUUUCAGGUUUACCUGCAAUACUACUUUUGACCCUCCUCGACUAUAUUUCGGCAGAAACAUGCCUAUUCACAACAUAUCAGUGGAAGAAGGCACAAUCUCUGUCCGAAUUGACGCAGCAUACAGGUGUUACGAUCAGACAGGUUUCAGGAGGGGAUUCAGCCAGUCAAUCAACCUGGGAAGUGGACCCUUCAGGUUCUCUGAUUCGCGAAACAAGCUCACAACUAUUGGUUGUGAUACCUUAGCUCUAAUGGAAGAUAAAGAAGAGACUUUCGGUAGCGGAUGUAUAUCCUUUUGCAGUAGCAAAAUAACUCUAGAGGGCUCCUGCUCAGGUUUUGGAUGCUGCCAAACUCCAAUACCAAAAAGUAUAAAGACAUUAAGUAUUGAUCUUCAGAGUCCAAACAAUCAUAGCAAGGUUUUGAAUUUCAAUCCAUGUGAAUUUGCCUUUCUAGCCGAUGAGAGGACUUUCAAUGUUUCGGAUCUGCAGCUUUCUGAUAUACCAUUUUCAGCAGCAAUUAACGAGUCUGUAAAGUCUGAUGUUGUGAUUGAAUGGGUAGUAAGAGAGGAGACUUGUGAGACAGCACAAUCAAGUUCGAAUCCUAAUGGAUAUGCUUGUGGUAGCAAUACUAACUGCUUGUACUCUGACAAUGGCAAUGGAUAUCGUUGCUCGUGCAAAGAUGGAUUUAAAGGAAAUCCAUAUCUUCCGCAAGGAUGCCAAGACAUUGAUGAGUGCCAAGAACCUGAAAAGUACAAGUGUGAUGGUACUUGCAAGAAUACAAUUGGGGGUUACACAUGCCAAUGUCCUCUUGGGAUGCGCGGCGAUGGUAAAGUUGGCUGUCGAGGAUUUCACAUCACAAAUAUCGCUGCAAUUAUUGGAUCGAUUUUGUCCGUUAUAAUUAUUGCUGUGCUGGUCAUAAUUAUCUAUAAGAGACGAAGAAAGGAGAGAAACUUUUUAGAGAAUGGAGGUAUGUUGUUAAAGCAUCAACGAGUAAGAAUUUUCAGUGAAGCAGAGUUAGCAAAGGCCACCAAGAAUUAUGAUCCAAGUCAGCUGCUUGGUGAAGGAGGUUUUGGAUAUGUUUACAAAGGGGUUUUGGCUGAUAAUACACAAAUUGCAGUGAAGAAGCCAAAAGACAUAGACAAGGCUCAGAUAAAGCAAGAGUAUCAACAUGAAAUUGGCAUUGUUUCACAGGUCAAUCAUAAGAAUGUGGUCAAGAUCUUGGGCCUCUGUUUGGAGACCAAAGUUCCACUGUUGGUUUAUGAAUUCAUUUCAAAUGGAACACUUUUCCAUCAUAUCCAUCACAAGAGGUCUCAAAUCUUAGCAAACUGGAAAAACCGUUUAAGGAUAGCUGCAGAGACUGCACUUGCAUUUGAUUAUUUGCAUUCGCUAGCAGACCCGCCUAUUAUUCAUGGAGAUGUCAAGUCAUUGAACAUACUUUUGGAUGAUACUUACACUGCAAAAGUAUCCGAUUUUGGAGCUUCAGUGUUAAUUUCUUCAGGAGAAUCUGAUAUAGGUGCGAAACUUCAGGGGACUUUUGGGUAUUUGGAUCCCGAGUAUCUUAUGACAGGUAUUUUAACAGAAAAGAGUGAUGUGUAUAGUUUUGGAGUCGUUCUUGUCGAACUCUUAACAGGGGAGAAACCGAACUCUAGUGCAAGAUCUGGAGAACACAUCAUUCAAUAUUUUCUAUCGUCACUAGAAAGUCAUAAUCUCAGCCAGAUACUUUGUUUUAAUGUAACUAAUGAAAAUGAAAUGGAAGAGAUUGUAGUUUUUGCAGAACUUGCAAAACAAUGCCUACGUAGUUGUGGUGUGAAAAGGCCAACUAUGAAAGAAGCUGCAGAAGAACUUGGGAGGUUGAAGAAGUUGAAUGAGAAUUCUUGGAAUCAUGAUGAUCACAGCGGUGAAGAAACUCAGUACUUAUUAGGUGAAUCAUCGAUUGAUAUUGGGACUGCAAAAUUGAACCACCAAGAAAUACUUAGCAUAAGAUCAUAUGAUAUUGAGUAUGCUGCUGAUAGUAUUUGAAUCGGUGUUGGUUUCAUUCUUUUUGUAAAUCAUUUAUGUCCUUCGGGUCCCAAAUAACUUAACUUUUAGAUUGUAUCUUAUUUAUACCAUAUUAAGUUAAGGCUCGAAAAAUGAUACAAUUCAUAUUGA